AUGGCUGAAGAAUACGACUAUAUUGUUUGUGGUGGAGGGACGGCCGGCCCUGCCGUUGCUGCACGAUUGGCGGAAGACUCCAAUGUGUCCGUCAUCUUGCUGGAGGCAGGUCCAGACAAUAGCGAUAUUGAGAACACCAAGAUGGUCGGCGGCAUGCUCCAAAAUUUUGACACUGAUCGUGACUGGAACCUAAUCGCAGAGCCGAACCCGCAGAUGAAUGGCCGACCCAUGAAGUUGUCCCGAGGCAAGUUUCUUGGCGGCAGCUCGUCUACAAAUGGCACCUUGAUGGUAAGAGGCAUGCGGCAGGACUUUGAUGACUGGGAAUCCAUGGGGAAUCCGGGCUGGAACGCCGACUCUAUGUGGAAGUACUUCCAGCGAUCAGAAACCUUCCAUCAGAGUGAAGGCUUCGACGCGGAUGAAGAUGCCCAUGGCAUUGAAGGACCCAUUCAAACGACGUUCCAUCCCUUGGCUGGCAUCUCGUCUGCCGUGCUGAAGUCAUUCCAAGGCCAAGGAUUCCCUAAAGACGACGAUAUGUUUAGCACAGGCACUCGAUGGCACGGGGUCGGUCAUUCGCUGCGUACCGUUUAUGGCGGUAUCCGAGUCACCGGCGCAGACUACCUGAAGACAUCCCCAGUAACAGUUCGUUGCAACAGCCGGGUUGCCAGGCUUAUUUUCAACGAAAACAAAACGCAAGGUGUGGAAGUAAUUGACGAGAGAACCGGGCAAACAACGACUAUUCGUACUCGUCGCGAAAUCAUCCUCUGUCUAGGUACAUACGCAUCUCCGCAAGCUCUCCUUCUCUCCGGGAUUGGUCCUAAAGAAGAACUCUACGAGGCCGGCGUUCCGCCGGUUGUUGAUCUUCCAGGAGUGGGGAAGAAUCUCGAGGAUCACCUCACUGUCUUUGUAUUCUAUGAGGUGGCUCAAGGGUACACGCAAUGCCACCAGAUGCACCCCCAAUCAGCGUACGAGCAUUCCCGCGACCAGUGGCGACAAUCUCGCACAGGUAUUCUAUCUGGAGCGCAUUUUGGCGUCUUUGCCUUCACACGCCUGGAUGAACGCCUCUCGAAACACGAUCUCUGGCGACAUGCCUCGUGCUUGCCAGGAAGAGAUCCCAUGGGUCUCACGACUCGCCAGCCGCACGUCGAGUUCUUCAAUACAGAGCGCUACAUGGCCCCUAAGCAGUACAAUAAUCCUCCCCCGGCCGGCCGUAGCGCAUUCGCAAACAUCAUCGAGCUGUUUUCGCCGCGGUCGCGAGGAUAUGUUAAGCUGAGGAGCGCAAACCCCCUAGAGAAUCCCAUCGUCCAGCACAACUACCUGGCCGAUCCGCUAGACUUGUUGGUGUAUGCUGAGGCGUGCGCGCUGGGGGCAGAAGUCAUUAAGCAAGGCGAGGGCACGAAAAAUCUUUUGCUGGGCGCAUGGCCGCCUGAAGACAAGCACUACGAAUUCACGAAAUUGGAGCAAUGGAUGGAGUACAUCAAAAACAACGCCACUACGUGCUACCAUCCAGGCGGAACAUGCAAGAUGGGACCAGAUACUGAUCCUGGUGCCGUUGUUGACGCAAGGCUACGAGUAAAGGGCAUCAAGGGCUUGAGGGUGGCAGAUUGUAGCAUCAUGCCGAAACUGAAUAAUGGACACACUCAGGCUGUUGCGUAUGCGAUUGGAGAGAAGUGUGCAGAUAUGGUCAAGGAGGACUGGAAGUCAUCGCAGUUGUAG